AUGAAACAGUCUUCAUUGACAUCAUUUUUUACAAAACUUCCUCAAACUCCUACCGGAAAUUCGUCAUCAAUAACAUCACCAGACAGAAAAGAAAAUAUUCAAAAUAACUUUCAGAAAGGUGAAAAAUUUAGAGUGGAAUCAAAUAAUGAACUAAAUUUUGAUGAAAGUUUUUCUAAUUCAAGAUCAGUAAAAAGAAAUCGUCAAUCUGUAAUUGAUGAUCCUGAAGAUUCUCCUCCAACUUCUGUUAAAAGUGCACAAAAAAGAAGAAGAGUUUACAUUGAUUCAGAUUCAGACUUUGAAGCUGAAAAUUAUGUAGAUAAAUCUGAAUCUAGUAAUGAUAAGAAGUAUGUUGAUUUGUACACACCGAAACUAUCAAAAGCUUUCAAGAAAGCAACGAUAAGUUCUGCAAAAAAGGGUUUAGGUUCAAAGUUGGAAAAAGCAUUUGAUGAAAUUUCUAAUUCUAAAGCUUUAAAUCCUUCUGAUAUUGAUUUAAAGCGUGUCGUAGAAAAUAUGGAAUUUACUCCAAAUUUAGAGAAAAUAUUAAAAGCGGGUCCAUCUGGUCAAGAAGAAGAUUUUGUUCAUCUUACAUUUGAUUUUCUAAAACCUGAAAAAAUUAAAGAUAUUAAUGGAAGGAGACCAGAUGAUCCUGAGUAUGACGGAAAAACAUUAUAUGUACCAGAAAGUUUUAUUCAAAAACAGACACCUGCUCAUAGACAAUGGUGGCGAUUAAAGGCUCAUCACUAUGAUACAGUUUUGUUUUUUAAAAUUGGAAAAUUCUAUGAACUAUUUCAUAUGGAUUCAAUAAUUGGUCAUGAGCAUUUAGGAUUAUCAUAUAUGAGGGGAAAUUUUGCUCAUUCUGGUUUCCCGGAAUUGUCUUAUGGAAGAUAUGCAGAUCAAUUAAUUUCUUUGGGAUAUAAAGUUGCUAGAAUUGAACAAACUGAAACUCCACAAAUGUUGGAGGAACGCUGUAAAAAACAAAAAGUGAAAGAUAAAGUUGUUUCUAGAGAAUUAUGUCAAAUAGGAUCUAUUGCAACAAGAAUUUAUGUACCUAUUGAUGAAUUUAGAAGAAAAGGAAAUUUUGAAGAACGAGAAGAGGACAAAUAUCUUAUGUCAAUCUAUUUUACAUUGAAAGAAAAAGAUAUUUAUAGUUUUGGAGUUACAUUUAUAAAUACAAUUGUUGGUAAUUUUUAUUUUUCACAAUUUGUUGAUGAUAAUGUUAAUUCUGGAUUAAGAACAUUAUUAUCACACUUCCAACCUACACAACUUUUAAUUGAAAAAAAAUGUUCAAGGAAAAUUGUUAAUUUACUUUCAUCAAUUUUACCUUAUACUCAAUUUGAAUAUUUAUCACCAAAGUCUGAGUUUUAUGAACCAGAUAAAACUCUUUAUGAAAUGACUGAUGAAAAGUAUUUUGGACCUAAUACUGAGGUUUGGCCUGAGGUCUUUAAAGGAUUUCUCAGUGAAUUAUCUUCUGCCAUUCCUAAGGUUAAUGAUGAAUUUUAUGAAUGUAUCAAAAGUUUUGGAGGUCUUUUGUUUUAUCUACAAAGAUUUCUCAUUGAUGUUGAUAUGAUAAGUAUGAAAAAUUUCACAUUUGUUAGACCACAGGAUUCUGAUAGCUUAAUGGAUGGUAUCAAAACUACUUCUAAUCAUUGGGAUAAAAGAAGUCUUAUUUUAGAUGGUGAUGCCAUUUUUCAAUUAAAUCUACUUCCACCAUUAAGACCAAUUGGUGUUAAAACUGCUGUUCAAAGCAAAGAAAAUAAAAUUAAUCUUUAUAAUAUUAUUAAUAACUGUAGUACAACUUUUGGAAAAAGACUUUUAAAACAUUGGAUUCGUGUUCCAACUUGUGAUCCAACUGAAUUAAAUAAACGACAAUCAGCAAUUUCGUUGCUUUGUAAACCAGAAUUUAGUGACAUAUGUAGAACGAUUGCUAAAAAACUUAAAGGACUACCGGAUUUAGAAAAACUUCUCCAAAAAAAUCAUGCAAAUGCUUCAAAAUAUAGAAAAGAAAAUCAUCCAGAUGGAAGAGCAAUUAUGUUUGAAGGUAAAAUGUAUGAUAGGAGGAAAAUAUCGGAUUUUGUUGCUAUGAUUAAAGGAUUUGGUACAAUUCUUGAUGUUGUUGAUACUUUAAAAUCUUCUGGAAUUUUGGAUUGUGGUAAUAGUGCUUUAAAGGAUAUGUUUGGUGAUGAUUUUGACUUUACUUUAGAUGAAGUAAAAAGUUUCACUAAAUCUUUUGAUCAACAAGAAGCAUUGAAAGAAGGAAUGAUAAUUCCAAACCCAGGAGUUGAUAGUGAUUAUGAUGAAGCAGUUGAAGAUUUUAAUAAUUGUUUAAAGAAUUUAACUGAAUAUUUGGAAAAAUUAAUGGUUGAUAUGCGAUGUCCAAAAUUAAAAUAUAUAAUGUCUGGUAAAAAUCGUUAUCAUAUUGAAGUACCAGAUAGUGAUGUCAAGAAGUUACCUUCUGGUUUUGUUUUCCAAAGCAAGACCAAAGGAAAACAAAGAUUUACUUCUGAUAUAAGUUUAGAACUUGUUAAAAAAUUAACUUUAGCUGAAGAAAAGAAAGAAAAUAUUAGAAGAGAUUUGUCAAGAAAAAUAUACUAUUACUUUGAUGAGAAGCGUGAAAAGUGGAACAGAGGUGUUAGUAAAAUAUCAUACUUUGACUGUUUGUUGUCUCUUUCAAUUUAUUCUUUGACUUCUGGAUUAGAAAUGACUCUUCCUGAAUUUGAUUAUAAUUCUCCUACACCAUAUAUAGAUAUUUCUCAAGGUAAUCAUCCUCUGUUGGCUACAAAUAUGGAUUGUGCUUUAAAAUUUAAAGGUUCAAAGCCAUCAAUAUAUGUUUCUAAUGAUACAAUUCUUGGAAAAGAAAAAGGAGUUGCUAUGCUUAUGACUGGACCUAAUAUGGGUGGAAAAAGUACUUUAAUGAGACAAGUAGCUACUUUAGUUAUUCUUGCUCAACUUGGGUCAAUGGUUCCUGCUAAAUCAAUGAAAUUAACACCAGUUGAUAGAAUUUUUACAAGAAUUGGUGCUAGUGAUAGAAUUUUUGGUAAUGAAAGUACCUAUGCAGUUGAGUUAAAUGAAACAAAUAGAAUAUUAAGAGGUGCUACUAAACAUUCUUUAGUUAUUAUUGAUGAAUUAGGCAGAGGAACAGGUACAAUGGAUGGUUUAUCAAUUGCUGGAGCUACAUUAGAAUACUGUGCUUCAAUAAUUGGUUGUAGAACUAUUUUUGCUACUCAUUUUCAAUCAUUAUGUACAGCUUUUAAAAAUCACAAAGAUGUAUUUUUAGCUCAUAUGGCUUGUCAUAAUGAUAAUGAAACAAAUGAUCCAACUGACGCUAAUAUAACAUUUUUGUAUACAUUAACAGAAGGUAGUUGUACUCAAUCAUAUGGUUUUUAUGUUGCAAAACUUGCCGGAUUACCUGAAAAAUUAGUUAAAAAAGCUUAUGCUGCAUCAUUACGAUUAUCACAUACGGAUGCUGAUAUAAUUUUUUCAUUUAUAAAUAUAUUAACAUAUGAUUGCCCUUGA